AGUUGAUAUAGUUAAUUUAAGUGACGAUGAAGAUAAUGUAUUUCCUUGCUCUCAAUUGUUUGAUUCUAAUAUAGAUUUAAAUUCUGAAGUAAAGAAAGAAAUGAAACGAGAAAAUAAUGAUAAUCACGAUGAGGAUAUCAACAGGAUUGAUGAUACAGAAAUAAUUAUUUCAUUAUCUGACAGUGAAGAUGAAGACAACAAAUGGUUAGAUAGACUAUCUCGAAGUCAAUUGCUUAAUGAUACAAUUUCAAGUAACAAUGAAAUUAAUCGAUCAAUAGAAACUAUGAAAAAUGAACCUCUGGAUACAAAUAUAAUUGAUAAAGAUAUUCAAAAGAUUAAAAAAAUAUUCAAUAUAAAUGAUUCUUCAAAUAAACUCAGUGCCAAUAUUAAAGCCGAAAAAGACAAUAGAACAGAAGAAGAUAAAAAAGGUACGAAUAAAAAUAUUAAAGACAAAGAUAAAAAGAUUAAACAAUAUAAAAGUAAAAAUAAAUUACAUGCUACAAAAAAAGAUGCUCCUGAUAUAUCUUGUAAUGUUAGAAGAUCGGAGGUAGAUCACGGUGGUACUUCUAAUAAAGAACAAGAAGAUGUUAAUAAUAAAAGUUCUCAUUCUCUUAAGGAAAAACAAAACGUAAUCAAUAAUAGCACCAAUAAUAAUGUACUUAAGCAUAGUCUGCUUUCCAAGGAAAAAAUAACAAUAGCAAGAAAAAGACUACAAAUAAUAGAUCCCCCUCAUAUGCCUGUGAAAAAAAAAAGACAAAUAAUUAACGAUAUUAACACGACGAAAAUUGUAGAAGAAAAGCAACAUGAUAAUUUGCAUGUAAAAAAAAAGAAGGAAAGUAGAACACUUUCUUCUCAGAAAUCGAAUUUUCUGCAAUGUAAUAAAAAACUCCUCCAAACACCUCUUUCAAAAGAAGAGAAAAAGAAGAUUGCAGAAAAUAGAAAAAACAAGUUAAGAAAGAUUGCUGUGGAAGAUAAAAAAGAAACUAAUAUUAAACCAUUAAAAAAUCCUAUUUCAAAACCAAUAGCAAAAGUAUCACUAAAAACGCGAUCAGAUUUUCUAAUUGACGACAUCCAAUCAAAUACUGGAAAUACAAUUAACAAAUCAACAAAACGAAAAUGUCCAGAAAACAAACAAUAUGCAAAUAAUAGUAAUUUAAGGAAAAAUAAUAAUACCUUACCUUCAAUAUUUAGUUUUAAAAUAAAAAAAAUAACAACUUCAAAUGUUAACGAUAUAAAUAAUGCUCAAUUAAAUAAGAUCAAUGAGGCUACUGAGAAGAAUAAAAACAUAGAGUCUACUGCUAUCAAUAACUUAAAAGAUGAGUCAAAUAAAAACAUUGUCAGAAUACAAAAAGAAAAUUGUUCUCCUAAUAGGAGAGAAACCACUCAAUUAAAAAAAAAAAUGAAAAGUGUUUCUUUCAAAACUAUCCCUGAAAUUCAUGAAUAUGAAAUCGAAUCAUCAAACAUUUUAAAAAAACUUGUAGGUAAAGAUGCCCCGAUACCUGUUGAUAAAUUGUCUUCUAAAAAAUUAGGCGAUACUAAUUAUUCUAAGUUAGAAACAUUUUUUUUACGUAUCUUCUUCUGGAAUCCUAUUUGGCUUGAAGAACAGCGACGUCUUAAUCGAAGACCACCUAUUCUUAAAGACAAUGAAAUACAUCCUACGCUAACUUAUUAUAAAUCUUACAAUGACUAUUAUAAGAUUGCUGAACCUCUGUUAUUAUUAGAAAUUUGGUCUGGCAUUACUAAAGAGUUUGAGGAGAUGGAAGGAAACUCAAUACGACCUACCGUGAUGUGUUCUACAAUUGAAAAGUCUCUUAAAAGCACUCAUAUACCAUCUGUAAAUUUAUGUUUAUCAACUUUAUCGGUACAAGUAUUAAUCACUAAAGAACAUUUUUUAAGAAAUGCUUACCCUAAUUAUGGAGAUUUGGUAGUUUUUGAAUAUGUUAGAAAUGAAAAAGGAAAACAUAUGUUUCACAAAGUAUUUGCUUAUGUUACAAAUAUGAAUAAUAUUAUCAUAACACCAUUUACAGAAUAUAACAAAGAUUUAGAAAAUUAUGUAAAAAAUCCAUAUGCAUUAUUAACGUAUACUCUUAUGACAAGAAACGUUGCUGAUAAUUUUGUAGUAAAACGAAUUCAAAGAAUAAGAACUGUGACAUAUCUACGCUCAAAUAUAAGAAUGAUUCAAGCAAUACAAUAUCUUCCACAAUCUCCGCUUAUGAAUUUAAUUUUAUAUCCACUGAUUGAAGCAUUUCGAUUACCUGAGGUAGACAUCCAUGUGAGCAAAUCUUUCAUAAAGGAUACAUUAAAUACAAAACAAUUAGAAGCUGUUUGCAAAGUAACAAACGCUGUAUUUCAAAAGGAACCUAAAAUUUGUUUAAUUCAAGGACCACCAGGAACAGGAAAAUCAAGAGUUAUUAUAAACAUUAUAACAAAAAUAUUGUAUGGUAAUAAUGGAUAUCAAAACAAUAAAUCUCCUUUACGAAUUCUCGUAUGUGCUCCAUCCAAUGCAGCUAUUGAUGAAAUUGUAUUAAGACUUCUUGCUAUUAGAGCUACAAUUAAAGAAAAACGUUUUAAAAUGGUUCGUAUUGGUAGACCUGAAGUUAUGCAUACAACUGUAAAAGAUAUUUCUUUAACUGAAUUAGGAAAAAGAGAUGUUAAAAGAAUGACUGCCAAUUAUUCUUCCAAAAAUCUUCCAAUUGACAGUUUUGAUGAAGAGAAAAAACUUUUGGAAGCACGCAUCAAUGCAUUAAAAUGUGAAAUAACAUAUUCACAGAAAAUAGAUGAAACUUAUAGGCAACAUCUUAAAUUGAAAUUAUUAGAUAUGAAUGCGAAAUAUGAAUUAUUAAAAAAUCAUAAAUCAAUGGAUGAUAUGAGUACAAAUGAAUUGACAAAUUUCCGACGUGUCGCAGAACGUAGGAUUCUUGAAGGUGCAGAUAUAAUAACGUGCACACUUUCUUCAUGCUAUACUAAUCAAAUGGAAUCCAUUUUCGGUGGAAAUAGGGAGAAAAUAUCAGUCUGUAUAGUGGACGAGGCUACUCAAUGCUGUGAAGCAGAAAAUUUAAUCCCUUUAUUACUAGGUGUAAAUAAAUUAAUUCUAGUUGGAGAUCCUAAUCAAUUACCGGCAACCAUAAUAAGUCAACAAGCAAAGAAAUAUGGAUUAGAUCAAUCACUGUUCUUUCGUAUACAAAAUGCAUUUCAAAGAAUGAAAGAUAAUCCAAUAAUAAUGUUAAACACACAAUAUCGUAUGGCAUAUGCUAUUUCUUACUGGCCAAAUAAGUUCUUUUACGGAGGAAAAUUAAAGAAUGAUAUUUCAAAAGAACAAAAAUUUCCAUUUCACAAUUAUAGAAUUUUUAAUAUUAGUUCUAAUCAAAAUGAUGAUAAAUUUUCUAAUACAAAUGAAGCUGAGUUUGUAUCUAAUUUAAUUUUAUGUAUGAUGGUUAAUUUCAACUUUGAAAAAUGGGAAUCCAAUAUUUCAAUUGGUGUAUUGACUCCAUACAAUAAUCAAAAACGUUUAAUAUUGGAAAAGUUCAAUGGAAAGAUAUUAACUGUACCUGAUAGUAUACAAAAAAGAUUUACCAUAGAAAUAAACACAAUUGAUCGUUUUCAAGGACAAGAACGUGAUAUUAUAUUAAUGUCAUGUGUAAGAAGUAAUGGUAUUGGAUUUUUGUCAGAUCCCCAAAGAUUAUGUGUAGCAUUAACUAGAGCUAGACAUUGUUUAGUAUUAUGCGGUAAUUUUACUACAUUUAUGGUACGUCUCUUAAUCUUUUAAAAAAAUUUUUUAAACAUUUCCUUAUCGCUAUUUAUAUUUAUUUAAUAUUACUUACAGCGGGAUGCAAUGUGGAAUGCAUUGAUAUCUGAUUCUAAAUUACGUAAAGUUUAUUAUAAUAUCGAUGUUAAUGCAAAUCUGUAUGAGAUAAAC